CACAUUUGAUUCGUCGUUGCUGUUGGUUGUUUCUCCCUAACCCUUUUGCCGUGGGAGGGGGAGACGAGUGAGCUUCGAGUCGUCUCACGUUGGGGAGGAUUCGAUUGCCUUGUCGAUGGCGGAGGCAGAAACGGCGAGGUUGGAGUGCCAUCCGGCCAAGCGAGUGAAGACGGAGGCCAAGCUUCUGCUUGGCCGCUACGAGCUUGGUAAGCUUCUUGGCGCCGGAGCCUUCGCGAAGGUGUACGUCGCCCGUAACGUGAAGACGGAAGAGGAUGUGGCUAUCAAGGUCCUGGACAAGGAGAAGAUAGUGAAGUUGGGGCUUGUCGCGCUAAUCAAGCGCGAGAUCGCCAUCCUCCGCCGCGUCCGCCACCCUUACAUCGUGCAGCUGUUAGAGGUCAUGGCCACUAGGUCAAAGAUCUAUUUUGUGAUGGAGUACGUACGCGGCGGGGAGCUCUUCGCCCGCGUCGCCAAGGGACGGCUCAAGGAAGACACCGCCCGCCGCUACUUCCAGCAGCUGAUUUCUGCGGUGGCGUUCUGCCACGCCCGCGGCGUUUUCCACCGCGAUCUCAAGCCGGAGAACCUGCUCGUGGACGAGAACGGGGACAUGAAGGUGUCCGACUUUGGACUCUCGGCCGUGGCCGAUCAGUGCCGUGGAGGCGACGGGCUUCUGCACACCCUCUGUGGAACACCAGCGUACGUCGCGCCGGAGGUUCUCUCGAGGAGGGGCUACGACGGUUCCAAGGUCGACAUUUGGUCCUGUGGUAUCAUCCUCUUCGUACUGAUGGCCGGCUAUCUCCCGUUCCAGGACGCCAAUAUUGUCGCAAUGUAUAGAAAGAUUUAUAAAGGAGAUUUCAGAUGCCCGCGCUGGUUCUCGCAGGAUCUCUACAGGUUUCUACGUCGCCUUCUGGACACUAAUGCCCAGACCCGGAUCACCAUCCCGGAAAUCAUGGAGGACAAGUGGUUCAAGAAAGGCUUCCGGCCGGUCCUAGACGACUACCAAUUGCGCUGCCCGGAAGACCCCGAUCUACAGGACGAUAGAGUUCAGGGCGAUGUGACUUUAGAUUGGGAAACUGAAUCUGACUGCUCCGCCGUCUCCUGCCCCGCAACACUAGUGGAGGAGAAGCGGCGGAGGAAAGGGAUGCGGAGGCCGGUGAGUCUCAAUGCAUUUGAUGUCAUAUCCUUCUCUAGGGCAUUCGAUCUCUCUGGUUUGUUUGGAGAGACAGGGGAUGAGACGAGGUUCCUGUCCAAGGAGUCUGUGGCAACGAUCAUAUCGAAAUUAGAGGAGAUUGCCAAAGUGGUAAGCUUCACUGUGCGGAGAAACGAUUCUGGAGCGAGUUUGGAAGGAACCAGGGAAGGGGAGAAGGGACCAUUGACGAUUGGAGCUGAGAUUUUUGAACUCACACCUUCAAUCGUUGUGGUUGAGGUGAAGAAGAAAGCUGGGGAUAGUGAAGCUUACGAAGAGUUCUGGAGGAAGGAACUGAAGCCUGGAUUGCAGCACUUUGUGUACGAGUCCGCUCACUCAGGGAAGAAAGCUUCAUGAUGAAGUCCUAAGAAAGAGGGAUAUUCAUUGAAGACAUUCCAUCUUGAAGCUCAUCAAGUAAGAACUGCGGCGAUAUUUUUUCAGCGCAUCACCAAUUAAUACUCCAAUUAACUUGGUACAAGCUUUUCUAAGUGUAUCUACCUUCACUACCUUAUUAUCUAGCUAAUUAUUGAGUGUGAUGAAUGAUCAAGCUUCUGGAAAGUAUAGUUGUGUUCCUCUAUGUGUCCAUAUCUGUGCUUGUGCUCGUCUGUAGAUUGUCCAAGUUCUUCCUUGUUUGCUAAUUUUUACCCUUGUACAAACUAUUUUUCUUGUGUAUUUUUGUAUGUAGGUAAAAGAGUUGAUUAUGUAAAUAAUACUCAAUGAAAUGUGAAGAGUUAAUGGUAAUCUUACAGGCGUUGUGUCAGUUGAUGAAAACUCUCAAAUACCUGCAUAAGAGCACUGCUCUAUUGACACUAAAAGUAAACAAACGAGGGAAACAGAAACAUAAUAUGUGAACCUUUACCUUUUUUAAACAUGAAAUUUAUUUCUGAUGAAUUGAUGAACGAGCUUUUAAAUACAGAAACAUAACAUUUGGUUGGCGGAGAAGGCUUCCAAUGGACUUGUGAUGACGAUUGGUGAAUGAGAUUAUAGUUUUUGUUCCUUGUCCCAUACAAUUCAGCAUGUUGAUCGGGCAACGGAACAAUAUAUUUAAACCUUGCCGAUUGUCAUGUAACAAUAUUUUGAAGUAUGCUUUUAAAGUAAUAUAAUAAAUUGGAUAUUACCAAUAUGCCGUUUGGUAAGAAAUGAUGACUAGAACUCAUGAAUGUCCAUCCUAAGCAAACCCUUGGCAUAAAAAAUGCUGAUAUAAGAUUGGAAAAUAACAAUAUUUGCACUUUAUUUGGCAAUUUCUGCAUAAUUAAGCUAAUGCCAACCAACCUCUUUAGUUAACAUGUGUAGAAAGAUUUCUGUGUUGGUCCUGGGACGGGUUGGCGGAGACGCUGGGGACGAGCAUAUUAGCCUUUUGCCAUCAUCAUGUGUAGAAAGAUUUCAAAUUUCUUAUUAACGUUAGAUUCUCACCUCUAUAAAUAUCCCUUUUGUAUGGAAUGCAAUCAAUAUUUGCCUUGGACAAAUUCUCUCUUUCCCUGUGAUUUUGAGGGGUUAAAGAUGGAGUGUUACUUUGUUGGGCAUAUGCAUGAUGCCUCUCUUUCAAAUCUCCUCAUGCUCUGCCUUUCUAACUUGCUUGCCGACCAAGCCAUCUCAAUUCAAUGUCUUUGAAGGUCUGAAUCAGAAGACUCACAACCCAACCCUGCUCCAUCAAAUAGUGGACAAAAAUAAACAAAUUUUACCAAAAUCUCUUUUGUAUGAUCUCCUAGACUUGGCAAUAGUAAAUCAUAUUGCAGUGCCAAAGUGGUAAUAUGUAGAGGAUAAGAGAGCAUUACAACUUUAUCACUUUUGUAUGUAUGAAGAUUUAUACAUGUUUGGCACAUGCUUAUGUUGUAUGUCUCUUAUCUUUUAUGAGCCCAGAUCCUCUAAUCCGUAAUCUCUGGUCCUUUUACGUUGGAUCGUGGAUGGAAUCCGGUUAAAUUAGUUGUGAUCUCCCCUAGCUUCAUCUUUCCACCUAGGUUAUAGUAUUGGGUCAAGUCAGGCGGUCGGAGGCUGCUGACGAUGGGUAGACUGUAUGGUGCCGAGAAGGGGGCGGCUUGUCCACCACUAGCGGCCUUCGGCCGCUUGGCUCUACCAAAAGUUAUAAUCUAGGUGGGAAGGUGGAUCCAGGGGAUAUCGCAACCAAUUUUGGCAUGAUUCUGACCACGAUCCGAUGUGUAAAUUGUGGAAGGAACCAGAAAAUGAUCAGGGAUUACGGACCAGAGGAUCUGAACUGAUCUUUUAUACCCAACUAAGUUUGAAAACCUGAUUAGUUGUUCUUGACUUAGUGUUGCAUUUCUCUCUUCUCUCGUUUAGACUUUGAAUUAUGCAGUCAUAAGCUUUCAGUAAUUUCAAGAAUUCAAUCUCAGUAACGAGAGACAGUAGGCACGAGCUAAAAUGGGGAACUUUGUAAACAAUUUUAGAUUUCUGUGGGAACUUUUAAUUGGCAUACGUUUGUUCUCCAAACUUGGUUAUUAUUUUGAUAGUUAGGACGUAGAGUAACAGUCAUUGGUUUACUCUGAGUCUUCCUUUCUAUCCAUGAUUGAUCUUUCACAGAGCAGCAUACCAAAGGAGCUGCAUAUCAUUUAGAUAUAUCAGAAACUUACUCAAAGGAGCUGCAUUUCAUUUAGAUAUAUCACAAUCUUAGUUGAGCAUGCGUUGAUCUGUAUUCUGUGUUUUAUUAUGACGCUGUCUAUUGUUUGAUGAUGAAAUUUCAUUGGGGGAACACACCUCAUAUAAUUGCAGAAAGAUAUCUUUUUCUUUUCUUAAAUCCACAUAUUUUCUUUUAUACUAACAAUUUGGUUACUGAUAAGAGAUGCUACUAAAGAGAUCAGAUUGGGAUUUCUCUCUUUUUUUUUUUGUUUGUUUGUUUUCGUUUUUUUUUUCCUUUCAGGUUGCAGUUGAACUUAUAGUUUCUGUGACUUUGACGGCAUUAGUUCAGGAGUGCACCAAUAUCAAAUUCCUGAAUUAGAACAUGGCAAUCAAUUGCAGUCAUGGAUACAUUCAUUACCAGAGGAACAAUCCAAAUGGGUCGAGCAGAUUCAAGUGUGCCAUUGUAGAAGGGCUCCAAACUCCGGUGGAUGUUUGGUGACGUGCAGUACAAGGGAAGAGGGGCACAUGGGAAUUGAAGGGAGGUGGGGUCAUUCGUGCGUUCGUUGCAUCCGUCGGCGACUGCAGGUACGGCGCCGGAA